AUGCCGGGAGCUUUCAUCUCAAGUGGCCCUUCAGAAUCAAAGAACUAUCCAGGAAAACUUACUGUUCGGGUGUUCGUAGCAUGCUUCGUAGCUGCAUUUGGAGGAUUGAUAUUUGGCUACGACCUUGGCAUAUCUGGUGGUGUGACUUCUAUGGAUCCGUUUCUGAAGAAAUUCUUUCCUGAAGUGUAUGCAAAGGAGAACAAUAUAAAGCCCUCUGAUAACCAAUACUGCAAAUUCGAUAGCCAAACAUUAACGUUGUUUACAUCAUCUUUGUAUUUGGCUGCACUUGUUGCCUCGGUGUUAGCAUCCACUGUGACUCAACUCACCGGAAGGCGAGCUAUCAUGUUUUGUGGCGGUAUGCUCUUUCUUGCUGGUGCUCUAUUGAAUGGCUUCGCUCAACAUGUUUGGAUGCUCAUUGUUGGUCGCAUUCUACUUGGCUUCGAAAUUGGAUGCGCCAAUCAGUCUGUGCCAAUCUAUAUGUCUGAGGUUGCUCCCUACAAGUACCGAGGAGCACUUAAUAUGAUGUUCCAAUUGGCAAUCACUAUUGGUAUAUUUGUUGCCAAUGUUCUUAACUACAUUUUUGCCAAAAUGGAGAAUGGGGAAGGAUGGCGGUAUAGCUUGGGUUGUGCAAUAGUUCCUGCUAUCAUGAUCAUGUUUGGUGCAAUCAUUCUUCCAGAUUCACCGAGUUCCUUAAUUGAACGUGGUCUUGAUGAGAAGGCCAAGAAGGAACUUAUCAAAAUUCGAGGAACCACGGACAUUGAUCAAGAGUUUGAGGAUCUUAUGGCAGCGAGUGAAUCCUCCAAAGCAGUGAAACACCCUUGGGUCUCUUUGUUGAAGAGACAAUAUAGACCUCAACUCACGUUUGCCAUAGCCAUUCCCUUCUUCCAACAACUCACUGGCAUGAACGUGAUAAUGUUUUAUGCUCCUAUUUUGUUUAAAACCAUUGGUUUUGGAGCCACUGCUUCUCUCAUGUCGGCCAUGAUCAUCGGCGCUUGCAACGCAAUUGCCACUCUAGUCUCCAUAUUCACUGUUGACAAGUUCAGGAGACGUACCCUUUUCUUAGAAGGAGGGGCACAAAUGCUUAUCUGUCAGAUUCUGAUAGCUAUGGCGAUUGGACUCAAAUUUGGAAUUGAUGGAAACCCAGGAGUGUUGCCAAAGUGGUAUGCUAUCAUGGUUGUGUGCGGCAUAUGUAUCUACGUUGCAGGAUUUGCAUGGUCUUGGGGUCCUUUAGGGUGGUUGGUUCCGAGUGAAAUUUUUCCGCUUGAGGUGCGAUCAGCUGCACAAAGUGUUAAUGUUUCUGUUAACAUGAUCUUUACCUUUGUCAUUGCACAAAUUUUCACCACAAUGCUCUGUCACAUGAAAUUUGGACUCUUCAUGUUCUUUGCAUGCUUUGUCUUUGCGAUGACAAUAUUCAUCUUCAAACUUCUACCUGAGACUAAAGGGGUUCCCAUCGAAGAAAUGCACAUUGUAUGGCAGAGUCAUCCCUACUGGAAAAAGUUUGUUACUCCAAACGCUUCUCCAGAAUCCGUGUGUUAG